UUCAAAGUGCUUCACAGCAUAUACAGUAAAGUGUAGUGACUGUUUAUCUGUGGGUGAGACGGGGCAGCCCCACAGCGUCUCACAAACAGCCGUGGAUCGAGUGACUGAGAUUAUUGUUGUUGUUAUUAUCUUAGUCGGACUGUCUGUAAAUGAACGUCUUGUUGGCUGUCCCUUCAGAUGAAGCAGAUGUAAGAGGCUCCGAUAAUAAUUGUGUUGAGAAUUUGUGAUCUGUUGUGUGUUUGGUGUGAAGCGCCAAAGCACUGGUUGUCUGGACAGAUGCCUUACUAUGGCUCUGAGGACACGGUGAAGGAGCUGAAGAGGGCCCUGGCCAACCCACACCUGCAGGCGGACAGACUGAGGUACAGGAACGUGGUUCUAAAGGUGAUCAGGUUCAUGACUCAGGGCCUGGAUGUCUCCGGGCUCUUCAUGGAGAUGGUGAAGGCCAGCGCCACGGUGGACAUUGUCCAGAAGAAGCUGGUCUAUUUGUAUAUGUGCACGUAUGCAGCCCUCAAACCCGAUCUGGCCCUUCUUGCCAUCAACACCCUCCGCAAGGAUUGUGCAGACUCCAACCCCAUGGUCAGGGGCUUGGCGUUGAGGAGCAUGUGCAGCCUCAGGAUGCCUGGUGUUUGCGAGUACGUUCAGCAGCCAGUGCGGAGUGGGCUGAGGGACAAAGCCUCCUACGUUCGUCGAGUAGCUGUCCUCGGAUGCGCCAAAAUGCUGACUCUCCAGAGGGACGCCGAUGUGGAUGGUGCUGUGGUGAAUGAGCUGUACAGUAUGCUGCGGGACCCGGACCCCAUCGUCAUUGUGAACUGCCUGCGAGCGCUGGAGGAGAUCCUCAAACACGAGGGGGGAAUGGUCAUCAAUAAGCCCAUCGCACAUCACCUGCUAAACAGAAUGAAGGAGCUGGAUGCCUGGGGCCAGAGUGAGGUGCUGAGCUUCCUGGUUCGCUACAAGGCACGAGGCGAGGAGGAAGUCUUCGACAUUCUCAAUAUCCUGGACAGUUUCCUGAAGAGCAGCCAUCCCAGCGUGGUUAUGGCGACCACCAAGCUCUUCCUCCUGCUGGCCGAGGACUUCCCCACGGUGCAGAGGGAUGUGCUGGAGAGGGUCCGGGGGCCGCUGCUGACAGCCUGCACAGCCGAGUGCCCUGAGCUGUGCUUCCUGGGCCUGUGCCACGUGCGGCAGGUUCUCCGCAGCCUCCCCGGACACUUCAGCGCCCACUACAAGAAGUUCUUCUUCACCUACUCGGAUCCCAACUACGUGAAGUACCAGAAGAUGGAGAUCCUGUGCGACCUGGUGAACGACGAGAAUGUGCAGCACAUCCUGGAGGAGCUGCAGACUUCCUGCACCGACGUUUCAGUGGAGCUCGCACAGGUGGCCAUCCUCAACAUAGGUCGAAUCGCCCGGACUUACAGUGAGAAAUGUGUGGAUAUUUUGACCGGGCUGCUUGCACUCAAACAGGAGCACAUCACGUCAGCUGUGGUUCAGACCUUCAGGGAUCUCGUGUGGCUCUGCCCUCAGUGCAUCCCGGCCGUGUGUCAGGCUCUGCCCGGCUGUGAGGAGAGCGUCCAAAGCAACGAAGGGAAGCAGGCGCUGAUCUGGCUGCUGGGAAUGCACGGAGAGCAGAUGGCCAACACCCCCUACAUUCUGGAGGAGAUGGUGACUGUGAGGACGGAGAACUGCGCAGGCGUGAAGCUCGAGCUCCUCACGGCGAUGGUGAGGCUGUUCCUGAGCCGCCCGGCAGAGUGUCAGGACACACUGGGCCGGCUGCUGUGCUACACUAUAGAGGAGGAACUGGACAUGGCUGUGCGGGACCGUGGCCUCUUCUAUUACAGGCUGCUGCUACAAGGAGCCGAGGAGGCAAAGCGAGUUGUCUGUGGCCCCGAGUCUGACCCAGCGCUGGGGGUGAUCAGCAGCCAGGCCAGCGAAGCAGUGCAUGUCUGGGCGCAGGACUUCAAUACCCUGAUCCCAGUCUAUGGGAGAGCGCGGUGGGCGCGGCUCACAGCCGAGAAUGCAGAGUCUCUAACCAUACCGGAGGCACUGGCGCCUGCAGUACAGGAGACGGGUGAGAGAGAGACGCACGUUCGCUCGCCAUCUGGUGGGGGUCCCGGAGUGGUUGCCCUGGGGCCGGGGGUCAUGUGCCUGGUUCCCGGGGUCCAUCUGUCCCCGAGGAGCUUCGAGGAGACGUGGAGCCAGGCAGCAAGGGUGCGAGGGGUGACUGUUCCCUGGGCUGGGGCCCCGGAGCCACACACGGUGCAGGAGGCCUUUUACCGCUUCCACCUGCAGACCAUCGCUGUCAGCUGCCCCGGGGCCCAGCCAUGGAAGGCCUAUGUGUACGGCAGGGAGCGGGCAGGCUCGCUGCUGCUGGCUGAGCUGUGGCUGGGAGGGGACGAGAAGGAGGAGGAAGGCCUGAGGGUCACCGUGAAGCAGGACACGGAGGGGGAGGCAAUGCUCGAGGCCUUUCUCAGUGUGGUGAAAUCCGUGGUCCUGACCCUGGGCGGUGGGGAAGCUUAGUCCUGCAGCGGCUCUGGCCACCGGGAGAGACCAGCUUGGUGUUCCAAGCAGAGCAGAGCCUUGACCGUGCGGCCCCCACCCCCCUCAGUCCCAGGGCUCCUGCCCCCAGGGCUCCAGGAGACAUGGUCAGCUGCUCACACGUUUUGGAGAUUUGAUGAAACUUAAACAGAUGCAAGUAACGUUCAUCUUAAAAAGACUUUUAAGAGACACCGAGCUGGGAGUCUUCACAUUGUGACAUGUUCAGUGUUGGGUGUCACUGCUGUCAGGCAGAGGCUGGGAUCAGGGGAGCAAAGCUCAGGACAUGGAAAUGUCAGGGCUGCGCGUCGCUGCCCUGUGCUCAGUGCGCUGAUUACAGCAAUCUGUUGUUAAUUGUUGUUAAAAGCUCUGCAUCAAAUACACGACUGAUUAGUCACUGUGACCGACACUGAUUGUAUUAACACGGGCAUGAUGCCCCUGUGCAUUGAUUUAUUCCCCAACAGCAUGUGUUUGACCUCAGAGAUGCUGUUUGUUUGAUAUGAGUAUAAAUAAAAGCUGUGAGCUGUA